UUUAGUGUCGUGUCUAUUCAUCCAAAUAACCGCCUCUUGUAUAUUGUAAUUUCCAAUUCCCCAAAAAAUCGCAAAAAAAGUUCAACAUCAAAAACACCUUCUUUCUCUCUCUCUCUCUCUCACACACUCUCUCUUUCGACUGUCUGAAAAUAGUUUCAUUUCUCACAGAAAAUAUAAACAAACGAAAUUUUUUUUUUCGAGUAAAUAGCUGCGUUUUCGAAAACGUAUUGUCUGUAUAAGAAGUUAAAAAACCAGUUGAAUUUUGCCGUUUCUAACGUUGAAUAAGUUUUCGAAAACUCAUUGUAAUAAUGAUAAUUGCGGUCUGAAAAAGAGAACCAAUCGGUUAAUAUCUGAAUCGGUUGAUCAACACGACCGGCGCACCGUGCAACACGACUACGACGGCGUACUAAAUGAGAAUUUAUUGAGAAUUUAUUUAUAUCAUCGAAAUGAUGCGCUAAGCUUUUUUAUUUUUCUUCGAAAGUGGUCAAAUGAUUAACACGUUUAAACAAUUUUCUCUUUUAAUUUUGUGAACAGCAGGAAUACAGAACGUUGUUCAUUCUGCUGCUGGAGCAGUUCGGUCUCGUUUCUUUUUUUACCUAAUUAAUUUUGUAAGAAAAAAAUAUAAAAUUUUCAUAUCCUUGAUUAAACUACUCUAUCCUAUUCAAUAAAACACCAGUUUUUACUGUUUUUUGUAAGUCGAAAACCCCAUUUUUGAAAAAUCACUUUCCCUUAAAUUACUGUGUGUAGUGACUUUGGAAAUUUUCGUGUCUAAAAAUUUGUGAAAAAAAAAAAAUGGAAAGUACUUGCUAUUCGAUUAUAUAAAAUUAGCUCUCUGUCUGUCCUUUGCGAGUGUGUGCAAAAGCAAUUCAAACAAAAAAAAGAAGAAAGUGUUUUUUUAGUGUUCGAGUGUUUUUGAGUUUUCGAAAAUUCACAAAAAAUUCAUACUAUUUGGAGAGGAAUGAAGAUAUUUUUCUUUUUUUUUUUUGUUGUUUUUGAAAAAUAUGUAUUCUCCUCUGGCUACUUACAAUGUUUGAUCUUGUGUUAAGAGGUGCUGUUGUGGUGAAUUAUGUUGAUGGAUUGUUUUAAAUUUAGGUCAUUGUUUUUAAUUUUGUUCUUAAAUAUAAACUUUUUUUGUGUACAAAGAGUUUGCUCUUGCUAUUGCGUUGGAAUAUUUGCGGCAGCGGUGAUUACGAACACAACAAAACGAGGACGGAGCGGCGGCGGUUUUUCGAAAAUAUCUUUACUCGAUAUCGCCACUCGAAUAAUUUUUGAGAUAUAGAAGAGACAAUUUGAAUGUUAAACGAAUUCCAUCUAAUAAAUAAUUCAACAUGGAGAACGAAAAACCUCGCUCAACACCUGGCAGUCAAAGAUCUUCCUUUACAAAAGAUAAACCUUCUACAACGCCAAAACCUGACCCAGAACCUUCCGAAGCUAUGCAAAGGCUUAUGGGCUUUGAAGAUCGCAAAUCAACAUUUUAUAAAACUCUCGAAGAAGCCUUAGUAUUAGAUUACAAUAAAAUAAAAGAAGACGUCGAAAAUGACAGAAUUCCAGCCCAUUUGCCAAAAUAUCCACUCAAAGAAGGUGAAAACCCAACAGUCGAAGAGAAAACCAAUUAUUAUUUUAAUAUUCUGAAAAACGAAUGCCACGAAUAUAUUGAACCAUUACACGAAGACAUAGGUCUAUCGAUUACAGCAGCUCUCGAAACAUCGAAUGCUUUUAAUCAAUUGAAUAAAAUGCACGAUUUAUUGGACAACAUCUGUGAUAUGUUAGAUCAGAAUUUUAAAAUGCAACUUUAUAUGCAUGAAUUGAAGGAUCUAACUGACAAUAUUGACAAAAAAGAUCAAAGUGAAAACGAUGAUCUUGAACUCUCUGAACCCGAAUCUGAGCUUGAAGCCAAUAUUUCUUUACUAAGUUCCAUUUUGGAAUCAGCCAAAAGUAUGUCAACGAAAAGGACCACAUCCAAUCAACGAGCCCGUGAAAGAAGUAAAUCCGUGUUCGUACCGGGUGCUAAUCAGCCCACGGAAAAAGACCCCAAACCUCCACCCGUAAGACGUCAAAGUGCUUUUACAGAAGGUAAAUCGAAAGUCUCUAAGUGGACCAAAGUUAAAGCUGCCUUUAAAUGGGAAAAAGCAAAUGUACCCGCCCUAAACGAAUGCAAAAGUUCAGAUUCUGGAAUUGGACUUCUUCCGAUAAAUCAUGAAGUUGCUAGAUAUUUGCGAGUUCCAUCGGUACCCUGCGGUGGAAGUUCAGCUGAUAGUAUCCUCAGUUCAUCGUCUGGACAUCUUCUAAGUGAGACUGGAACACCGGGUACAAUUAGUUCAGCUAGUUCUGUGGAUGAUAUCGAACGUGCUAUUCAGACGACGAGACGUGAUUCAUCGAAAAGCGACUCCAAAUGUGAAUUCCGAGUUACAGUCGAAAGUGAUAACCAUCGCAGUCAUUCCAUUGAUGGAGAACUUGGAUCACUUUAUAACAGACAAGAAAUUAAAGAUUCUUCACCUUUUCAAAUUAAACACCAAAGAAAUAUAAGUGAAAGCUCAGAUCACAAAAAUAGUCCAACAACAAGUCAAAGUUCUUUGGAUCGACUUGUUGAUGUGGUAAAGAAACCUGCAAAAUCAUCCUCCCUCAAAGGCAUGCGUAAAAGUAAAAUUGUACCCGAUUUCGAAGCACUUCCUGAAGAUGUUAUCGUUGAUAUAACCAGCAGGCCAAAACGGGAGAAAACCCUACCGAGUCCGUUAAAUUUGAAUUUGAGACAUGACUUAAGUGAAUCAGAUUGUGCGGAUUAUUCCCAAUCUCCUAGUGGGACAGCUAAAAGUCCUUGGGAGAAAACGAAAAGCCGAAAAUUUCAAUCGCCAGGAAAUUCUUCGGUUCCCAGCAGUCCAUCACGACACUCUGAAUUCUUCCCAGAAUUUGAAAGUGAAGACCUAUCGAGUGGUGAUUUCUCCGAACCGACUACUCCGCAUAACAAGCUAUUUUCAAGUAAUAGUAUGAACAUGCAACAGGAGGAGAUAAAUCAACGCUAUAUCAUCCUCAGGGAAAGACUUAAAAUGGAAUUCGAUACUAAACGACAAGAAUGGGAUAAAAUUCGAAACAUGUACAGCAACAAUCCGAAGACCUCUGCUUAUUAUACAAUUGGAAAAGAUGAUCCACCACAACAACAGCAGCAGCAACAACAAGCGAAACUUGUCUCAACCAAAGCACUUGAAGAGAAUUUGACUCCAGAUUUUAAAAAGAAACUUCACAAGUGGAGGGUGAAGAAACAAAUUUCGCUUCAUGGAAAUGCAUGUAAAGAAGCACAAAUUUCACCAACCAAAGAUUCUGAAUGUAAAAAAAUUGAUUGGAACUUAUGGAGAACGGGACAAAUUAAGCUAGAGGGCCAAGGACUAAGUCCAUUGCCAGAUCAGAAAGAUCUUCCAGAGGAUUUCCAAAAAAAACUUGAACAAUGGAAUAAAAUAAAAAGCUCAGGACCCACUCAUAGUGGUCAUGAUUUUGCAAGACGUUCAACAAAAGGUGAGGUACCCAAAAAGGCCCACGAUGAUGAUAAGCAAAAGUCAGAUAAAGAAAAGCCUAAAACAAACGAAAGAGAUAAGCUUGAAAGGCUCUCAAAAUUAAAAGCAAUCGUUGCUGAUCCUCGAGCAAAGGAAAUUGAAGUCAAAACGACAGCUGGUGUUAUGAAAUUUGAAGGAAUCUCAAGAAAGUUCACACGGAAACUCUACGAAUGGGAGAAGGCUCGAGGAAUUGGACCGGAAUCAUCAACAUUUGCACUUUUGCAUCCUGGCUACUGUCCAAUUGAUGUUGGAAAAAUUCCAAAAGAAUGCAAAAAGAAUGAAAAUUCACCAACUUUAAGUAGAUCACUGUCACUUGACAGUGUUGCUCCUUGUGCUCCACUGCCAACGAUAUCACAUCAAACCUCAAGUCUUUCGUUAAAUGAUGUUAAUGAUUUGAAUGAAGCUGAAAGUACUGACGCUGAGCUGAGAGCUGAUUGUGAUUUGAAGCAGACAGGAGAUUAUGAGCCAGAAGCUGUAAUGGUUGAAGUCGAAGAUGAUUAUGUUGAAACAGCAUGUCCUUUAGUUGCAAUGUUGCCAAUGGUGGAACAUCAGACACCUGUUUAUAAAUAUGCAGAAGUUACUUGCAGUGAUUUUUGUAAAUCCCGUAGCGUACAAAGCUUUGAAUCCCAUCACAGCAGCGAAGGAGAUAAGAUAAAAACUCUCAACUACAUAAAUGAUUUGUGGCUUCAAUUGGAAAGUAGAAAUGAGUUUAGCGAUGAGAAUCUGAAAUAUUUUCAAACUGUGUUUGCAACAAUGCGAGGUUCAUUUUCAGAUUUUGAAAGUAACUUGAAUAGUAGUGGAGCUAAAAGGUCUUUUAUCAAAGCUAAGGAAUUGGUUGAGGAUCUUUACAAAAUCAAUAAUUUAUUACUACAAGAUGAAGCUUGCUGCCAAGAACUCAUAGACGAACGACAGAUGAUUUUUAGAAAUAAACUGGAUGAUCUGCAUACGACACUUAACGAAGUUCGGCAGUUUAUUGAAACUGAACGAAACAACCCCCAAUCUAUACCAGACAUCAAUGUUACCUACGAUGAUGGAAUCGAAGAUGACCGCUUUAGUGUAUCUUCAACACUAGCCAAUACAGCAAUGGCCUUAGCAGCAGCUGCUUUUUCAACAACUAUAGAUGCCUCCGAUGAUAUUGCAUCACCAAUUCCUGAAACUCCCGAUUUGGAAGCGGUUAGAAAAGUUCCCAAUCGAAAUGGUAGCACAAAAAAGAAAUUACGUCUUCGAAAAAUGGGCUCAAGACAAAAUAGCAAAACGGAGAGCGAUAGUACUGAUGGUGAAGGUGGAAGUGUUAUUGAAACUCCAAGAAGAGUUAAACGAAAACCAAGUAGUCGUUUGAAACAGCAGAAAUCUUUUGACGAAGAUAGAAAAUCAGCUGAAGAAAAUAAAGCACAAGAUGAUUCGAAUGCUGGUGAAGAUAUUGUCUAUGUUUUGAAAGUUAAACCAGGUCAACCGAUUGAACAACAAGAAAUCUGCCAAGAUAAAAGUUCUAAACUUUUGAUAUCACCUACUGAAUCUUGUGUUCAACUGAUUCAUAAUCCACAGCCAGAAGUUAUUUCAACAACAACAAGUAAAUCGAAUGUUUUUGUCAAGACCAAACGAAAAGUCUUCACAACUGUUGAAGACCCUGGUUCGGCUGAUAAACUAACCGCAGUCGCUACAGAAUUGACCGAAAAUGUUCAAAAACCUGAGGUAACGCCUAUUGUAACACAAUUACCAAGUAACGCUUCUUUGGAAAACUAUUCUGUGAAACCAUCAAUUUCUCCAGGAAUCCAAAACAUGAUUACCAAGCUUUCGGAAAGUAUGACUUUGGAGAAAAUUGUCAGCUCAUCAAAUCGAAGAAGAUCGGAUGCUUUUCAAAGCCAACAUGGUCAUAUUUAUAAGUCUUUAAGUGCAAGCAGCAUUUUUACAGAUCUACCAGAUGAUGUUCAAAUUAAACCCGAAACCAACUUGACUGCAAAGUCUUUAAGCUUUUCUAACCUCAAAAAAGGUUGGGAAUUCUACCAGACUACGAACCAAGCCUCGCAUCCUCUCAAGACUCGGAUGCCUUUGGCAAACGAUAGCUUUAGAUUGUUGAAGAAGAUUAAUCCAACUCGGAAUUCAAGGGGUUCACAAAGUCCCAGCCAAGUCACCGAAAGACGUGAGCAUCUUUUCCGAAAGAAUAGAUCGGGAAGUCCCGUGGUGAGACUUAGUGCAAAGGGAAAACGUCUUGAAUCCAAAUUAGCAAAAUGCGUUACGACAUCCGAAGUACCAGGGUAUCCAUUAUCUCCAGAUAAAUCUGACAAUACUAUUCCGAGAAUCACAAGAAAACUAGAAAAUAAAUCCCUAACUCCGACAGGAAAGAGCUCGAGUUUCUUCCAAGAAACAGUUCCUGCGCCAUCUGCAUCAGAACCUUCCACACCGAUGAUCGAAAUUGUAGAAAAACCACGAACUCCACUUUCAGAACGAGCUAUAAGAUUACAAAAGGCAAAAGAAGAAUUUCUUAAAAGUGGCGCCCUGCCAAAGACCGUCACAAUGCGUCGGGAGGAAGUCGUCGAUGGACAGCGAACUCGAGAAAAAACCGAAAACCGACGCAGUCAUCAGAGUAUGUGCAGCGAUGUGAGUGCUAGUGGGUUGGAUGAAAUGAUCUUUCUUAAAAGCGUUAGUGUGGGAGCACUUCCAGCUGAUUCUGAUUGUUCGAAUCAAGGUGAUGGUUAUGAUUCUUUACCACGUUCGGUAAGUCGUUCGGCUAAACUUACAAGUAAGCUGGGAUUUGCAACUUUAGCAUCGAAGUUGCGAAAAGUUAAACUGCGUAGAGGAAGUAAGGACAACACAACACAACCGCCACCUAUUAAGGAGAAUACUUUGUCAAUUUUAUGCAGACAAAGUCUAUUUGUGGAUCUUAAUCCAGUAACGCAACAGAAUCUUAUGAAAUCUCAAAGCUCACAAGCUGCCAUUGGUGGAAUGAGAGCUAAACUGGAAUCACCGAAUGCUGAAUCAGAUAAUUUGAAUAAAUCUAAAAGUGAACAUUUUUUUCCUCAUAGGCAAAAAGAAAGUUGCGUUUAAAUGAGAUUUAUUGAAAAAUAUAUAAAUAUUUAUAACAUAAACUAUUAUAAUGAUAAGGUUUGAUAUUGUAACUAAUUUUUAUUUUUGAUUAUUGUGUAAAUAAUAAAACCAAGCCAAAUAUUUUAA